GCAGCUGACGCUAGGACCCAGCAGAGAAACGGCCUGCCUCCAGCUCCCGACCAGCGGAUCUCUAAUGUAUCGACUGUAUCUGUCAGCGGAGGCUCCACACCACACGCCUUCACACACUCACUCACUCAUGGGCCUGCAUUAAAUUUCAACAACUCCCACAUGGACAGCAUCAACAGCGGAAUGGAAACAAAAGGCACCAAAUCAAUGGAGGUGCUGGUGAGUGAGCUGGGCGUCCUGCUGAAGAUGCUGGACCAGGAGAACCUCAGUUCUACCACGCAGGAGAAGAAGACCUCAGUGUGGAACCUCCUGCAGCAGAUCCAGCCAUCAGUUUCAGGAACAGACUACAUUUACAUGAACUCAGCAGUGUACAGAAAUGGCACCAGCUUUGUGGAGUCCCUAUUUGAGACAUUUGACUGCAAGCUUGGAGACCUAAAGGAUGUUACAGAUGAUCUGAAAGAAGACAAAAACACACAAUCUGACACUUUAAAACAGAACUGUGCAGACUCCUCAGCCCCGCACUCAGCUGACUCUCCUCCCCCUCUGCCCACAACUCCUCCUCCUGAGGACUAUUACGAGGAAGCAGUGCCCCUCAGUCCUGGCAAGUUGCCCGAGUACAUCAUCACACGAGUCAGGCCUAGUCCUCCCAACUCAAUAGAGGAUGGGUAUGAAGAUGCUGAUAACAACUACCCCACUACCUGCAUAAACACACAUCGCAAAAACUCCUACAAUGACUCUGAUGCUCUGAGCAGUUCCUACGAGUCCUACGAAGAGGAUGAGGAAGAGAGGAGCCCCGGUGUUACACUCACUCAUCAGUGGCCCUCUGUUGAGAGCUCCAUGCCUCCUGCCAGGGACUGCCGUAUCUGUGCCUUCCUGCUGCGCAAAAAACGAUUCGGCCAGUGGGCGAAACAGCUCACUGUCAUACGGGAGAACAGACUACAGUGCUAUAAGAGUUCUAAGGACACAAACCCCUAUGUGGACCUCCUGCUGCCCCAAUGCACUGUUGUAUAUGCGCCCAAAGACAGCAAGAGGAAGCACCAUGAGCUCCGGUUCACCUUACCAAAUGGAGAUGCACUGGUGCUGGCUGUACAAAGCAAGGAGCAGGCCCACAGAUGGCUGAGAGUUGUCAAAGAGGUGAGUGGUCAGAGCGCAGGGCCUGAGGAAUCCGCCUCCCCCAUCAUCCCAAGAAAAAUUGAACUUGACAAGAGGCUAUCUGCAGAGAGAAACACAUCAGACUCAGACAGUGUGGGUGUGUCGACUGGAGAGAACUGCAGAGAGAAUGGCAAGGUGAAACGGGGAGCUUUGGCUGCUGGCCGUAAAAUCACACGUAUCAUCAGCUUCUCUAAGAAGAAGCCCCCCCGACCAGGAGAACCCCGGAGCGACCCUGGACAAGGCCACCUGUCCGUGCUGGUGAAUCAGGUGUGGCGUGAGCAGUGGUGCUGUGUGUGCAGAGGCUCCCUGCACUUCUACCAUGAUAAAGGAGACCUUCGGACCUCCCUGCCUUCACUUCCUCUCCACGGCUGCGAUGUGGUCCCGGGGCUGGGACCCAAACAUCCUUUUGCUUUCCGAAUCCUACGGAACAGCACAGAGUUGGCUGCUAUGGAGGCGAGCAGCUCUCAGGAACUUGGAAGGUGGCUCGGUGUCAUCUUGGCAGAGACAGGCUCGGCGACAGAUCCAGAGUCACUGCAUUACGACUACGUUGACGUGGAAACCAUCGCUAACAUCCGCGACGCUGCACGACAUUCCUUCCUGUGGGCCACGUCCUCCAGCACUAGCACAGACUCCAGGACAUAUGACGAGGUUCCUAAUGAGGACAUGCAGUCAGUGGAGAACCACAGGCAGCAGUCUGGGAGUCAGACGAAGCGGCGCUCAAGUUUCUCCAGCAGCGACUCUGACAGAACCAAGCCUUUAGUCUCCCUCAAACGAACAGGCUCAAACGCCAACCAAUAUGGAAAGUAUGGGAAAACGCGAGCGGAAGAGGAUGCCAAGCGUUACCUGAAAGAGAAAGAGGAUCUGGAACGAGAGAGGGAUGGGAUAAGAAAUGCACUUGUGACCCUCCGAAAGGAGAAGAGAGAGCUGAAGGAGGAGCUGAAGACAGCCUCUGAGAGGAGGAAGUCCUCCCUGAACAAGCGUGUGUCCCAGCUGGAGGACGCCUGUCGAGCUAAAGAGGCAGAGAGGGUGGAUCUGGAGCUCCGGCUGACUCAGGUCAAUGAAAACCUCAAGAAGAGCCUGGCCGGUGGAGCACUGGGCGCUCCUGUUGAGACGAAACCUCCCGCUAAGGCCUCCAUCAAAAAGACACAGAAUAUCUACAGUGAUUCUUUACCAGUAAACUGUGCCUCGGAGAUGCGUAGGAGACCUCCAUCUGUUUAUGCUUCUACAGGAACUGUCAUGCAGAAGGCAAAGGAAUGGGAAUCAAAGAAAGCAGCAUAAGAGUGUCGAGGACUGGAGAAAGACUGAAUGGAUGUCAGAGUCUGACUGUUGCCUCAUUCAAUCCUACAAAGAAUGACCUUCCAUCAAAAAGACUUUACUGAUGAAAUAAACUGUAAUGAAAUAAAUCAGCCACUAGGUGGAGGUACAUCUCACUGAAUAUUUACCCUUCUGUCUUCCUAAAAGGACUUUUUCAAAUCCAAGAACUGCUCACUGUGUAUCCAAGUAUUUUCAUUGUCUUCAGUGACACAGGUUGAAAUGUGGCAAUUAGAAAAGUUACAAGAAGGAAAGACAUAAGAAAAGUGCACAGUUAAUGCAUAGCUUUGUAAAGGAAAGGUUAACACAGGAUUAUGUUCUUAUACAGUGUUGCAUGUGGUGAAAUGUCUGGUAAAGUGCCAUGUGAGAAAUGUGAUGGGUUUGGAAAAUUAGAAGAUGGGGGCAGUAUAAGCCACAGUGUGCCUUUUAUAUAAUAUAAUGUUUUGAUGUGCCUGUACAGAGUGAGCCAUGACUACUGUUUUGUAUGUUUUCUACUUUUUCUACUGUUCCACGGUUCAUUUCUCAUAAUAACCACAAGCCGUACCUAUUAGAGGUAUUCAGUUCUGUGCCAUUGAGGGCUAAAUAGAUUAUCAUUGAUUUGACUGCACUUAUUAGCUUCUCCUCUCAGGUUGAAGCUGUGCUGUUGACCCUCUCUGGCACACAUUUAAAUACUCCUGCUGGAGGUAAUCGAACUGACUAACAAAGAGGUGCUAUUCCAAGCUACAAGCCAAACCUUUUUCUGAGUGGUAAAAUCUCCACUAUAUAUCAUUUUAACAACUUUUCCGCUGAACCUGUGGUUGAUUUUUGCACUUUACUGUUCUCCUACCCGGAUAAGGGAAUAAUAAACGUGUGUCUUAUUCUCAAA